GAUAGCGGUGUCCGACUCAGAGCGAGGAAUGGACUGACUAAACCGUGACGUCUUUUAUUUAUUUUGAUUUUUUUUCACACUGGCGGACAUGUCUCUAUCUCUAUCCACAACACAAAAGUCGGACGCGACCAGCAGCAGGAGGAGGUCUGAACCUGGGCUGGAUUCUUCAUAUGAUGAGAGUUACAAUCACGAAGACGUUCAUCCCCGGCUGCGUGGAGCUCAACACUUUACUUCAAAACAUGCAUGUGCUCCAUCUUCACAUAAGUCCUCGUGCCCGAAAGCAAAAUGCAUGUCUAUCCACACAUGUGCGAGCCAUCACUCUUGUGAAGACAGCUGGGAGGAAAUCUCAAGCAAGAGAACCAUCAGAGCAGAGAAUGAGGUGGAGGCCAAUAAACUGGUCAACAACUACAGGUUUGGGUUCAGAAAAUGGAAGAGCCACGUUACAGAGCGGCCAUUUGAAGACCGGUCAGAUGUCGUGAAAGAGCUUUACACUGACCUCAAUGUUGUUAAACCACACUCCGGCCCAGGUCAGUUCAUCACAUGUGGAAACGUAGCAUAUGUGCUCCUCUUUGGUUGGUGGGUGUCCCUGGCAUAUUUUUUGGUCGGCGUUCUCAUGUUCAUCACUAUUAUCGGGGUACCCUAUGGUAAGCUUUGCUGGAAAUUGAGCUGCUAUUUCCUGUGGCCAUUUGGCAACACAAUCCACGAGAUAGGAAAUACUCUGAGGAGAUGUUGCGAGCUGGCACCAGACUGCGAGUGCAGCAUAGAGACGGUGGAGGAUAACUCACCGGUUCUGCUGCCUUCACCAACAGAGGCGACAGUUUCAGACAUGCCAGAGAGACCUCUGCGCACUCCCUACUGGCAUCGGCUCUCUACAUACAUAUGGCUGCUGCUGGGAUAUCCUCCUCUGGUGAUCGUUCACUCCCUGGUCUGUUUCAUCUCCUGGAUCCUGGUCUUCACCAUCCCAGUUUGCAAGAUGAAUGCACAGAGUCUGAGUGUAAUUCUCCUCAUGGCUCCUGAGGAUGUCUUCAUCUCCUCCAGCACACAAAGGAAGCAUCACGGCUAUGAGACGAGAGCGCUGCUGUGCUGCUACCACGCUGCUAACUGGUACUACUACAAGUACACUGUUGAUGGGAUCAAUGUGUUUGCCGUCAAUCUUCUCCCUCUAGUCAUAGUUGCUCUGGUAAUUGGUUAUGUCGACAGAGAGAACCAGUACGCCAGCUCUGAUGUCAAGUUCGCCGUAGCAAUUGGCUCUAUCAUACCUCUGUCGUAUUAUAUUGGUAUGGGCAUUGCCAGUAUCGCUGCCCAGAGUAACUUUGCUGUGGGUGCAGUGGUCAAUGCCACCUUCGGGUCCAUCACAGAGCUGACAUUUUACAUCACGGCCCUGAUCAGAGGCCACCAAGCAGCCAACCCGUGUCUGCAGGAAGUUGUUAAGGCAGCGCUGACUGGCACGCUGAUCGGAUGCAUCCUCUUCAUACCUGGAAUCUGCAUGAUAAUUGGAGGCCUGAGACACAGUGAGCAAAGAUUCAACAGUCGAUCUGCAGGAGUAAGCUCUGCAUUGCUCUUCAUCUCUGUAGGUGGUGUGUUUGCCCCCACCCUGUUCUCCAAGGCUUAUGGGAACCUGGUGUGCGACGUCUGCACCAACUCCACAGGAAAUGGCAGCAGCAUGUUCGAGUGCCACAACUGCCACUAUGAUCUGAAAAACAAUACACUGUUCCACAACCACGUACAGCCUCUGGUGUACACCAUCUCUGCCCUUCUGCCCGUUGCCUACAUCAUCGGUCUUAUAUUUACUCUUAAGACACACUCCCACAUUUACAACAUCCAUGUUGGCGAAGGACAGGUUGUCCGUGCAGAGACUGGCGCCCAUGGAGCAGUUGUCCACUGGUCGCGGUGGAGGUCUUUGGUCAUCCUCAUUGUGGCCACUGUGCUGACCUCUGCGUGUGCCGAUCUCGCCACCGAACACAUCCAGCCCAUUCUCAACCAGCCCAACAUAUCGCAGUAUUUCAUAGGGGUGACAGUCCUCGCAAUGGUCCCCGAGAUCCCAGAGAUUGUCAACGGGAUCCAGUUUGCACUCCAGAACAACAUCAGUCUUAGCUUGGAGGUUGGAAGUUGCAUCGCUGUGCAAGUUUGCAUGCUCCAGAUUCCCAUACUGGUCCUGUUUAAUGCCUUUUAUGAUGUGGGAUUCGUGCUGCUGUUCUGCGACCAGCAUGUGUGGACCAGCAUCUUCAGUGUAAUUCUAGUCAACUACAUCUUCAUGGAUGGCAAGUGUGAUUACUUUCAGGGUACAGCUCUGAUGGUCGUCUACCUCAUCCUACUGGCCCUCUAUUUCUUUGCUCCGUCUCCAGCGGGAUGCUGAGGAGGAAUUUUUAUCGAAUUUUUAUUUUUUCCCCAAACAUGAAGGACUAAUUGAGCUCUGUAACAUUUUAUUAUGUUUGUGAUAAACAUUUCAAAUGCCACUGUGGAAAUACUGAGAAUUUAAAUAUUUUUGUUUUCUAACUGAAAAAGAAAAUCUCAGGUAGGCACUUUUAAAUAAUGACUCCUGAUGACUGUUGUAAUAUUUACAGUACAUACUGUAGGCCAACAUCUAACCAUAAAGCAUCAAUCCUUUUUACAAAAUGUGAAAGAGUAAACUACAGUUGUUUUACAAACUGAUGGUAUGCAUUUACACUAAUGACAUACAUAUACUCUGUGUGGGUGUACACGAGCUUCAAAUAUGGUACGUCCGUGACAAGCGGCUUCCACUUUAUGAUUUGAAACACAGCAGGGUUGAUAUUUAACAAAAAAUAUUUCCAUACAAGAUUUUGAAAAACCAGCUGCCUAUUUUUAUUGUUUGUACGGACAAAAAAGGACAAAACAAUGCAGCCAUAUUUGCCUUUAAGGACACGUUCACAUCUUCUCCCAAGAGUUAAUGUAAAGUGGCAUGCACACCUGUGUUGACAUGCAGAUUACUUAACUUCAUUAACAUCAAGAGAUGCAAAUAUAAACAUGUCAAUCUAGAUUCUGGCUGCAUAACUGCCAAUCAGACUGAUUUAAAACAGAAUAAAUAAGGCCAUGAAAUGUCAGAAAUACAUAAGGACAGUGUUGAGUGGGGGGGGGGAAAGGCAUUUUGGUGUGCAAUAGCCACCAGAAAGCUAAAUAUCAACAGUUACUGUGGAUUACACAGAACACUCAGUGUAAUAAUGUACUGUAACACAGGCAAAUAAGCAUCAGGACAUUAUCAGCACAGCAUUUAAGAUUACAGUCCACAGUAACUUGUAAAGAACUCCAGGCCUGACUAACAAAUCUCUAUACAGAAAAACAGUGCUAAGUCUGCAGGCGUUCGGACAGCGAAGUCGUCAGUAUUUGUUAUCCACGACACCUUACACCCUGACAAGUUCUCCUUUUACAGUUUCUCACCAAGAACCAAAUGAUGGUGCAACAGUCUUAAAAACGGUGGGAAAAAAAAACAAUAGCACUUACUGCAUGUCACAGUGAGAAAGGUUUAGAUAUCGAGGCAUAAAGUGGAUACUGAAAGUGACAAUGAAAUAAAAUGGGGAAAAAACAUUUACACUUGGGUACAUUUCCACAACAUAAAGAGCAGAACAUUUAAAACGAAUAUGUAAAAAAAAAAAUGUUGUGGGUUUAAGUUAAAGUUGCAGAAGUAAUUCCUGAUUUAUCAGGAGAAGAAAAUAUAUCAAGUAAAAGGCUCAUGUGAAGAGCACAGUUCAGAGGUGUGAAUAAUUUAGUGUUAAAGAAUGGAAAGGAAAACAAUUCUUAGAAGGUCACAAGGCACCAGACGAAGGAAAGAAAAUUAUUGAGAAUCACUGGAGCUGCAGGUGUAGGCAUUUAUAAAAUCAACAAAGAAUUUUUGAAGCACAAAAGGUUUCACAGUGAUGUUGAGCGGCAUGUGUCUCAAAGAGGCUUUCAGGUUCUCACCUUUUCAAAAAAUACCCAGUGGGAUCAAGAAGGGUAACCAUUUUCAGUUGAACAACAAAACUACUGUUAAAAGCCAACCAGAAAAUACCUUUUCAGCUAAAGCACAGUUUAAAAUAACUGACCUAUUUAGACCAUUAUGAGAUACCCGUUAGAUGAUUGAGCUUUAUAAGCAGUGCAGCGUUGUUCUGAGAAUCAGCCUUCUUUCUCACAAAUUCCACUUUUAGGGUGUAUUUCACCUUUUUUAAACUACAGUACAUGUAUCCGGAUGGCCCUUCUCACAGAGGACGCAGCAGAAGCUCAAAUACAGCAAAAUGGGUGCAAUGUUGUUGCUUCAGCUAAAGUGAGACAAGCCCCAUCUCAAACUAAUAUUAAACUACAUGAAACAACAUUUAUUUUGCAUUUCACCAGAUGACAUCCUACUCUUGUGAUGCACAAGUUUCUGUGAUAGAGAAACUGGCAUGCAAAAUGCAAAUUAGAAAACUUAUCUGGGGUACACUGAAGUUUAAAAAAGAAAAAAAGAAUCAAGAAUAAUUGACAGUCUGCUGUCGGCACCGGUGCAUUCCCUCUGAUGAAACUUAAAAUGAACAUUCCAUUUUAAAAACAAAACAGCACAUUAUACAUAAAGGUCUAAAAUGAAGUAUUUUCAUAAGUUGCUGACAUCAUCAAGCUGGUGCUGACCUACUUACCACCAAUUUGGCAAUGGUGCUGCUCCUUUCACCUCAGUCAGUCAGUCUUUGUGUUCAGGCUAUUUUAGCCGUUGAAUUAAUGUGUGUGUCAGUCCCAGGCUUAGCAGCUGAAGGGUGGACAGCUGGGUUAAAUGAGGGAAUGAUUUCAGCAGUUUCUCCCAGGUCAGUUCCAGCAGACUGGGCACCACCAACCAUACUUUAUACAAAGAGGCAGUCCUUCGGUUCCCAGACAUGUUGACAACUCCACCAUGGACGUACAUGCAGCCGGCCUGAGGAAGAGGAGCAGCAAACUUUGUGACUAGUUUCCUGAAGACUGCAUCAGUCGGCACGAAGCAAAUCUGCUUGUGAAGGAAAAAUGUAGCUUUCCAACUUCAGAAACAUAACUGAAACCAGAUUCUCAACAAGAAUCAAAUCAUUUUUAAGAAAGCUAUUAGUAAACGAUGACUUAUUUAUACUCAACUACAUUUUAUUAGGUACAUCUGGUGUACCAGAUUAAGUGGUUAGUUUUCUAUUAAGCAAAAAAUAUAUAUUAUAUACGAAGUUGCAAAACAAUGUGAACCAGUUUAAAAUAUGAGGGAAGUCACAAAGCACUUUAAAAUGUUCUUACAGUACAAGCUUCGAUUAAUUGUAUAAAAUAUAAUGUAGUAUAAUAAUGUAGCCCUUGAGUAUUUCCCUUAGUAUUUUCUUUAAAAUAGUUUAAAAAAAAGUGUAAGGUACAUGUAACUAACUGAACUUGAUUGCCAGCACAAAAGGAUCUAAAACACACAUGGGUAUUAUUUCAAUGGCAGAAAGAAUGUACAAAUCACCACCUAUUCAGUGUGUAUUGUGUAAUAACCACAAUUUAAAUAAAUCUCUAUUUGAUAUCUUGUGAAAUUAAGUUUAAAUAGUUGGUGCAAUUCCUGUGUGAAAUUAUAACAAAUUAUUAAUGCUUAUGAAGAGCAUCUGUACAAGAAAAUAAUUCCUCAAAAACAGAAGCAUUCUGUUGCUGUAAAAGCUCCAAAAUUUAGUAAAUGUCUACAUGGUCCACGUAUUCAUUUUUCUUGCUUCAAAAAAGUCACAGCAGGUCACCAAUGCUAAUAAUGCUCUUGAAUUUCUUGCAUUUUCAUACAAUAUGACAUCGGACUGGUGCAACUCAGACAAGU